AUGGGGGGAAAUAAUCCAUCAUCACAAUAUGACCCGGUCCCAGAAGUAUCAGUCGGUGAACAAUUGACAACACAACAAAGAGAAAACCUAGAAGUUUUAAUUCGAAAAAAUACACAAGUUUUCGACUACCCAGGAAACAGUGGGUUCACCACAACAAUAGAGUACACAAUACCCACAGCCGUAUCUGAUCCAAUUGUGUGCCACCCCAGACGAAACAACCUGGGGUUAACACAAAAAAUUAAUGAAGCAGUAGGAAACCAUGUAAAGUAGGGGAACAUUUGACACCCUCUAAAUCCCCUUGGGCAUUUGCAAUUGUACCUGUAUUGAAACCAGAUAAAACAGUUCGAUUGUGUGUAGACGACAGACCACUUAACAAAAUUACCCAGAAUGACCCAUAUCCAACUGGAAAUUUGCAAGAGGUUCUAGACAAUCUAUCAGGUGCUAACUAUUUUGGUGCUAUUGACUUGGCCCAAGGCUAUUUGCAGGUCCCACUGGCCAAGGAAGAUCGUCCAAAGACAGCGUUUCGAUCACCUACUGGGUUUUGGAAAUGGACAAGAAUACCAGAUGGUUUAAAAGGAAGUCCGGCAACUUUUUCUCGGUUGAUGCAGAAGGUUCUAGGACACAUUCCACCACAUCGUUUGGCAUUGUACAUGGAUGAUAUCUGUAUUAUAAGCAAAACGUUUGAAGAACAUUUGGUAAAUCUCCAGGGAGUAUUUGAUGCAUUGCGACAGCAUGGAUUACGAGUAAAAGCUAAGAAAUGUGCUUCGAAAAUGAAAGAAGUGAAAUUUCUUGGAUACAAAGUUUGCAACAAGGGUGUGCAGCCAGAGGAACAUAAAAUAAAGGCAAUUCGUGCAUGGGUUGCACCAACUUGUCUUAAAGAGGUGCAAAUGUUUUUGGGUGCAGUUGGGUGGUAUCGAAAGUUUAUCAAGGAUUUUAGUACAAUUGCUCGACCAUUAACAUGGCUUUUGGAGAAAAAUGUUACAUUCACUUGGGGUAAGGAGCAAGAUGAUGCAUUCAAUACACUAAGACAUGAGUUGGUUAAAGCUCCAGUAUUAGCCCAUCCUGACCCCACUCGAUCUUCUGUUGUUACCACGGAUGCAAGUAAAGUGGGUCUGGGUGGUGAACUAUUAAAAGAAGAUGCACAAGGACAAUUACAUCCGGUUGCAUAUUUCAGUCGUGCAUUGACCAAACGAGAACGUUCAUAUCCAACUUAUGACAGAGAAGUGAUGGCUAUGCGAGACACGCUUAAGUAUUUUCGGUAUUAUCUGUUAGGAGCGCAAGUAGUGAUGAGGACCGACCACAAACCUCUUCUAAAGAUCCUGGAACAGAAAGGUCCAUUUGGACGAAGAGCGACAUUGAUAAGAGAUAUAGCAGAAUUCGAACCACGCAUAGAGUUUAUUCGAGGGCAGGGUAAUCACAUGGCAGAUGCUCUUAGUCGGAUCGGAUGGAAUGUCAAGUGGGAAGAGAGAGAUGAGGAUACUAGUAAAGUGGCUACUAUUGGUGGCUCUCAAGACGAGAUUGGUCCUUGCAAGGAUGUAAGGUUGGACAUAAAUGAUUUCCAAUUGCAGCAAGAACGUGACCCAACCCUUAAGCCACAUAUUUCCACUCACCGAAACGAACAUGGUUUAUUCACACGUAAUCAUAAGAAGCAAGUAUUACUUCCAGCAUCGCUUGUUCCCACCAUAUUAUUAUUAGCUCAUGACGAAACAAGGCACCAAGUAGCAGAUAAAAUGCUUGCAAGAAUUGAACCUCAUUAUUGGUGGCCAAGGAUGAAAGCAGAAGUAGAGAACUAUGCAAGAACGUGCCAACGCUGUGCUGCUACUCUUGCCCAUGCACAUAGAAAAGCACCCAUUCAUCAACGACCAAAAGAAGAGAAACCAUUUGCGUUGAUAGAAGUAGAUCUCAAGGGUCCAUUACCGAGAACGAAAGAGGGAUUUGACAAUAUGGUUGUGAUAACAGAUCCAUGUGCAAAAUAUGCAGAGAUGCAUCCAAUUCGAGGACAAACCAGCCAUGUUGUUUGUAAGACACUCUUGGGUUGGAUAUCAAGAUAUGGUUUACCAAACAAAGUGCACUCUGACAAUGGACCUUGUUUCAUGAAAACGCGGGUGUAGAACGGAUUAAUCGUACGAUGGGGGGAAGCACUCACAAAAUUGGUAUAUAAACAUCACAACCGAUGGUCUCAACACCUACCUGACGUACAACUAGCUUACAACACAGCAGUUCAAACAAGUACAGGAGUUUUGCCGUACGAACUAGUUUUCAAGGAGCACCCGCGAUCAAAAUUCGAAAUUAUAACAGAGAAGAUAUCACCAGCAACGGUUAGAGAGAAAACGGAACGACUGCGCGAGACUGUUAGUGAGGUAUUCCAAAAAGCACAAGAGUCCGAUGCCAAGUUAGCGGGAAAACGCAGAGAACGGUACAACAGUAAAACUUCGUUUAAAUCGUGCAUGGGGAUGGGUCAACAAGUUUGGAAAAGAAAUUUACGAGCAAAAACAUUUGCAGAUCGGUGGACGGAACCCUGUGUCGUGGUAAAGCCCACGUCGGUAACCAAAAUAUCUUAUGUAGUGAGAAGGAAUAAUGGAACUAAAGAAGAAGUUGUCCAUUACAAUUACCUUAAACCUUAUCAGAUUCGACCUGUCAAGAAACCAAAGUCAAGGAAUCCACCAAAGAAGAAUGGGGUCGGACACCCAGCACUGGGUACCAGUGAGGACAGUGAAUCUGACAGCAGAGAAGAGGAAAUGCAACCAGAGAGAAGAUAUCCAGAAAGAAUUCAAAGACUUCCAGAAAAAUACAGAUAA